UCUAGCCGUCCUCCACUAGCGGAAGUUUGUCACGUCGCAGUUGCCUACACACAGCGGAUGUGUGUCGCCGCUUAGGUGACGCUGGGAAGUGCUUGCAGCCGCCGCCGCUGCCUUUUGGUUGAAGCACUAUGGAGGGGGAGAGGAAGAACAACAAUAAACGGUGGUAUUUUACUCGAGAACAGCUGGAAAAUAGCCCAUCCCGUCGUUUUGGUCUGGACCCAGAUAAAGAACUUUCUUAUCGCCAGCAGGCGGCCAAUCUGCUCCAGGACAUGGGCCAACGUCUUAACGUCUCACAAUUGACCAUCAACACUGCUAUAGUGUACAUGCAUCGAUUCUACAUGAUUCAGUCCUUUACACAGUUCCAUCGAAAUUCUGUGGCUCCAGCAGCCUUAUUUUUAGCAGCCAAAGUAGAGGAGCAGCCCAAAAAAUUGGAACACGUCAUCAAGGUAGCACAUGCUUGUCUCCAUCCACAGGAAUCACUUCCUGAUACUAGGAGUGAGGCUUACCUGCAACAAGUUCAAGAUCUGGUGAUAUUAGAAAGCAUAAUUCUGCAGACUUUAGGCUUUGAACUAACAAUUGAUCAUCCACAUACACAUGUGGUAAAAUGCACUCAACUUGUUCGAGCAAGCAAGGACUUAGCACAGACUUCUUACUUCAUGGCAACCAACAGCCUGCAUUUGACCACAUUUAGCCUGCAGUACACACCUCCUGUGGUGGCCUGUGUCUGCAUUCAUCUGGCUUGCAAGUGGUCCAACUGGGAGAUCCCAGUCUCAACCGAUGGGAAGCACUGGUGGGAGUAUGUUGACGCCACUGUGACCUUGGAACUUUUAGAUGAACUGACACAUGAAUUUCUACAGAUUCUGGAGAAAACCCCCAACAGGCUCAAACGAAUUCGGAAUUGGAGGGCAUGCCAGGCUGCCAAGAAAACAAAAGCAGAUGACCGAGGAGCAGAUGAAAACACUUCGGAGCAGACAAUCCUUAAUAUGAUUUCCCAGAGCUCUUCAGAUACAACUAUUGCAGGUUUAAUGAGUAUGUCAGCUUCUUCUACCACAAGUACAGUGCCUUCCCUUCCAGCCACUGAAGAGUCGACCAGUAACUUAAGCAAUGUGGAGAUGUUGCCAAGCGAGCGUUGGCUGUCCUCCCACCCUCCUUUUAAGGUAGAACCUGCUCAGGGUCAUCGGACUAGUGAGAAUUUAGCACUUAUAGGAGUUGAUCAUUCCUUGCAACAGGAUGGUUCAAAUGCAUUUGUUUCCCAGAAGCAGAAUAGUAAGAGUGUGCCAUCAGCUAAAGUAUCCCUGAAAGAAUACCGUGCAAAGCAUGCAGAAGAGUUGGCUGCCCAGAAGAGGCAACUGGAGAACAUGGAGGCCAAUGUGAAGUCACAGUAUGCCUAUGCUGCCCAGAAUCUCCUGUCUCACCAUGAUAGCCAUUCUUCCGUCCUUCUGAAAAUGCCCAUAGAGGGCUCAGAAAACCCUGAGCGGCCUUUUCUGGAAAAGACUGACAAAACAGCUCUCAAAAUGAGAAUCCCAGUGACAAGUGGAGAUAAAGCUGCCACUUCAAAACCAGAGGAGAUAAAAAUGCGCAUCAAAGUUCACACUGCAGCUGACAAGCACAAUUCUGUAGAUGACGGUGUCACAAAGAGCCGUGAGCACAAAGAAAAGCACAAGACUCAUCCAUCUAAUCAUCAUCAUCAUCAUAAUCACCACUCACACAAACACUCUCACUCACAGCUUCCAGCCAGUACUGGGAACAAACGUCCAGGUGAUCCAAAACAUAGUAGCCAGAUAAGCACCUUAGCGCACAAACCCUAUAGCUUGUCUAGCUCUUUCUCCUCUUCCAGUUCUUCUCGUAAAAGGCCCCUCCCUGAAGAGACUGGAGGGGCAGUGUUUGAUCAUUCAGCUAAGAUUGCCAAGAAUACUAAAUCCUCUUCCAUAAAUUUCUCCUUCCCUCCUCUUCCUGCAAUGGCCCAGUUGCCUGGGCAUAGCUCAGAUACAAGUGGCCUUACUUUUUCACAGCCCAGCUGUAAAACCCGAGUUCCUCACAUGAAAUUGGAUAAAGGCUCCAGUGGGGCCAAUGGUCACAAUGCAACCCAGACCAUAGACUAUCAAGAUACUGUGAAUAUGCUUCACUCCCUCCUCAAUGCCCAAGGUGUUCAGCCCACUCAGCCGCCUGCGUUUGAAUAUGUUCAUUCAUAUGGAGAAUAUCUGAAUCCACGGGCUGGUGGAAUGUCCUCCAGACCUGGCAAUACAGACAAACCCCGGCUACCACCUCUACCAUCAGAACCUCCUCCACCACUUCCACCCCUUCCCAAGUAAAAAAGAAAAAGACGAGGAGAAAAAAAACUUUAAAAACACAUCUUUUUUUUUUUUUUUUAAAAACUACUGAUUCUGGACUAAGAAAAUUACUUCCCUUAUGAAAUAUGUCACCCUUGUUGGACUAAGAAUAAAUUUAUAUUGAGACAUAGGUGAGAAGGUGGUAGAGGGCCUUGGUUAUUAUAUCUCCUGCCUCAGAAAUUUAACUAUUUUAUUAUAGUUUUUACUGAGAGGUGAGAAUGUGUUAAAGCUGUGAAGGAUUCAGAAUACUUUCUCUAUUCUUGGCCUCUCCACCUCCUAAUUAGGUCGAUUAGAGUUGAUAUCUUCCCUCUUCUUGCCAGGACUGAAGUAUGGAGGGCUUGUUUUAUCAAACAGUUGUGGAUCCUUUUGGUGUUUAAUAUAUCAGAAGAGAGGAAGUAUUUAAACGUCAAAAUCUUUUAAGAGACUUUAAAAAAAUAAUUUAAAGAAAGGGUGGUGAGAUAGCCGCGGCCUAGGACCACAGACAGAGAGGCCAAAUGCGGCCUGAACACCAGCUAUGAUGGGAGAUGGAAAGU